AUGUUGUGCGGUAUUCACUGCCCCAGCUCUCCCUCAAGCAACCACCACCCUCGCUUCCUCCGCAGCUUCCGGAGCCACAAGAACUUGAGGCAAGACCAUCUCGGCAGCACCAGCACCUCCAGCAGCAGAAGCCAGGAGAUGCAUCAUCACCGAUACCAGCCCAGCGGCGCCAGCGCCAGCUCGCCGGCGCGCCCUUCGCUCGACUCGAGCCCGCGGCCAUCGACCAGCAGCAGAUCCGACGUCUCCAUCGACUGGGAUCCCUUGCGGCUUCACCCGCCCUCCCUCGCCCCGGGCCCGGUUCCACCCCUCCAGGACGCCUUCUCCGGAGAAACCUCCCGCGCCAGCAGACGGUACCAUCACCACCACCAACCGCCGCAUGAGCUCCGGCACACCCGCUCAAGCCACAACUUGCGCCAUCAGACACGCUUAUCACCACCACCACCCCUCUCCCACCGUCCACUGCACGGCAGCUUUCCCUCUUCCUCCCCCUCCCACAGCACAGUCAUCUACGACGGCUUCGACUUCGGCCUCGGCAACGCGGCGGCGGCCACCGCCGCCCACCACCAGGCCACAGCCGCAGCCGCAGCCAAGGCCUGCUGCACAGCGCCCACCCCGCGCUCCAUCACCACCACCGCCGGCGUGAUGACGGCACCCCACCGCCGCGACCCCUCGCCCGCCCCAAGCGACGCCAGCAGCGAGUGCAGCCUCGCCCUGAGCGGCGGCGGCGGCGGCAGGAACGCGACCUCGCCAUCGCUGGGCGGGCGGGGCGGGGGCAGCAGUGGGGAUGACGACGACGGCGCGAUGGGCCUGUACAUGAGGGGGUUGGCACCGGCGCCGGGCCCCCGUCCCCGGCCGAGACCGCGUCCUCGCCCUGGAUGGGAGGGGAGUGAGGUGGAGGACUUCAUCCUGCGGGGCGGGUGGAAGAGGAGGGGGAUUGUGUUUGUGGAUGAGGACGGGUUGGAGGGGGAGGAGGAAGCGUUUGAGAUUUGA